AUGAGUGUAUCCCCCCCCCCCGCACACGCGCUCGCUCGCUCACUCGGUCUUCCAGAACGUUCCCGCCGCGGGUCAUUGGACAAGAACUUGUCUACCAGUUCGGCCGCCGCUUCCGUAACCACGAUGACCACCGACCCGAACACGCCUUCCCCGGUGGCUGCUGCGCCGUGCACCGCUAGCAGCGCUAGUCGGGUGACCAUCUUGGGCAACACCACCCCGGCUUCCGGCAACAUCGACGCUGGUACCACCGUCAAGAUCAGGAAGACUAGGAGCGGCAGCAGCGGCGGAAGCAGCGGUGGUACCAGCAGCCUUCCCUCCGCGUCGGAGGCUGCAGCGGCGGCGUUGCUUGCCGGGGGGGGCGGCAACGCCGGCCGCGGCGUGAUCACGACCGCCGCUGAGCUGUUUUGCGACAGUCCCUGCUGGGCCUUGGAGGCAUCGGCGCCGGCGACCCCGACUCAGAGGGAAAGGUCUUACUCGUCGUUUGGGGGCCGCGCUUUCGCUAGCGUGCCGAUCGGGGGCAACACGAUCAUAGAAAACCACGGCAUUUCUCCCCCGGGAUCAACGGGAAGCUUUUCCGCCAUGAGGUCGCAGCGCCCUAUAGGCAGCGCGCCUACCCACUUUUCGUAUCGGAGGGGGAGCAGCACGAGCGGAUGCUGGGAGAGAGGGAAGGGGGGGCCCGCGAGUGGCAGGAACGGGGGGGUGUCCCCGACAACGCCGAAGGGCACCAGCCAUCACCGUCGGUCGGGUUUCUCCACAAGCACCAGCUCGUCGCUCUCUUCGUUCUCGGCGGCUGCGGCUAUGCCCGGAGAGCGAGCCAGCCCUCGUCCAAGCCCUAGUCCUAGGGGGAGAGCGGUUAUCACUCCGAAAGGGACGUCGGGUCAGAGGAGCUCCUGGGGAGGGUCCCCUUGCUCUGGAGGAGGCUGGAGGUGA